AUGGCUAUCUUCAGAUCAAAGUCAGCAGCAAACAAAACUCCCCAGCUCAAAAUCUCUGCCAAAGAUGAGGAGCACUACAAGAUGCACUCGGUCAACGUCCACGACCCCAUUCUUACGGCUGUCAACGAAGCUCAGCCUUUUGAACAGGCUGCAGCCAGAGACUACAGCAACAGAAGACCUUCGUACUUGUCACAGGACUCAAACGAUUUGAAGGAUAUCUUUGGUAACAAUAUCAAGCAGUCCGACAUGUCGAACCCUACUCGUGCCAGAAACGAAAGACCCUUGGACACCAUCAGAGGAUUUGAAUAUGCUAUCACUGGUGAAGUCAGCUACCGUGACCAGUUAGAGUCGCAACGUUUGGGCUGGGGCUUCCACGAAGAUUUUCCUCACUACAACCUACAGGCAGACACGGAUGGUGCUGGCACCAGCGCUAGACCGGUGAUCAACUUCAACAACGUCGAACAACCGGUUUACCAGGCUGGAAACUAUAGUGCUACCAGUUUGAAGCCAGAAGGAAAGAAAAAGAAGAAGGGUGGAUUGUUUAGUAGAAAAAAGUGA